AUGACGUCCUACAACCACUACAGCUUCCCCGGUGAUUGCCACAACGAAUUCUCCAGCAGUGACCACCACAGCAGCUCCACGUACAGUGAUUGUCAGACUAAUUCCUUCGCUUUGAGACUGGCCUACAAGAUCAAUGACGUGAGCUUUCCAGAGAAUGUAGAACUCAGGACGGAGACGCAAGCACGCAUUCAGGACUCGGUCAACAAGCUGAUGAACGGAUUGCUGAUUCAACCUGAUGCAAGUCCUUUCACCUUCCCACAAGCAAACUUUACCCACCUGCCCAAUGAGAUUCGUGCCAAUGUGGAGUAUGUCUAUCAGGAAGGUGACAUCAACCAACCAAGCAACUUCCUGGCUGCGAUACUGGCAGUUAGUGGUCCUACAAGCAGUACAGUUUCCCCUGUGAUUGCCACAACGAAUUCUCCAGCAGUGACCACCACAGCAUCUCCACGUACAGUUGUGGGUCCAGUGUUUAUCUUUGUCCGACUUGUGUUCCACACCAACAACACCGUCCCCAGUGAGAGCGAUGUUCUCGCAAAGGGCAGUCCUUUCUUGAAUGGUGAUGAAAUCCGGCUGAAUGAUACCGUGAGGGUGCAGAAUCUCACAUAUGAGCGAUUGUCAGACAAUUCCUUCGCUUUGAGACUGGCCUACAAGAUCAAUGACGUGAGCUUUCCAGAGAAUGUAGAACUCAGGACGGAGACGCAAGCACGCAUUCAGGACUCGGUCAACAAGCUGAUGAACGGAUUGCUGAUUAAACCUAAUGCAAGUCCUUUCACCUUCCCACAAGCAAACUUUACCCACCUGCCCAAUGAGAUUCGUGCCAAUGUGGAGUAUGUCUAUCAGGAAGGUGACAUCAACCAACCAAGCAACUUCCUGGCUGCGAUACUGGCAGUUAGUGGUCCUACAAGCAGUACAGUUUCCCCUGUGAUUGCCACAACGAAUUCUCCAGCAGUGACCACCACAGCAUCUCCACGUACAGUUGUGGGUCCAGUGUUUAUCUUUGUCCGACUUGUGUUCCACACCAACAACACCGUCCCCAGUGAGAGCGAUGUUCUCGCAAAGGGCAGUCCUUUCUUGAAUGGUGAUGAGAUCCGGCUGAAUGAUACCGUGAGGGUGCAGAAUCUCACAUAUGAGCGAUUGUCAGACAAUUCCUUCGCUUUGAGACUGGCCUACAAGAUCAAUGACGUGAGCUUUCCAGAGAAUGUAGAACUCAGGACGGAGACGCAAGCACGCAUUCAGGACUCGGUCAACAAGCUGAUGAACGGAUUGCUGAUUCAACCUAAUGCAAGUCCUUUCACCUUCCCACAAGCAAACUUUACCCACCUGCCCAAUGAGAUUCGUGCCAAUGUGGAGUAUGUCUAUCAGGAAGGUGACAUCAACCAACCAAGCAACUUCCUGGCUGCGAUACUGGCAGUUAGUGGUCCUACAACCACUACAGCUUCCCCUGUGAUUGCCACAACGAAUUCUCCAGCAGUGACCACCACAGCAGCUCCACGUACAGUUGUGGGUCCAGUGUUUAUCUUUGUCCGACUUGUGUUCCACACCAACAACACCGUCCCCAGUGAGAGUGACGUUCUAGCAAAGGGCAGUCCUUUCUUGAAUGGUGAUGAAAUCCGGCUGAAUGAUACCGUGAGGGUGCAGAAUCUCACAUAUGAGCGAUUAACAGAUCAUUCCUUCGCUUUGAGCCUGGCCUACAAGAUCAAUGACGUGAGCUUUCCAGAGAAUGUGGAACUCAGGACGAAGACGCAAGGGCGCAUUCAGGACGCGGUCAACAAGCUGAUGAAUGGAUUGCUGAUUCAACCUGAUGCAAGUCCCUUCACGUUCCCACAAGCCAAAUUUACCCACCUGCCCAAUGAGAUUCAUGCCAAUGUAGAGUACCUCUAUCAGAAAGGUGACAUCAACCAACCAAGCAACUUCCUGGCUGCGAUACUGGCAGUUAGUGGUCCUACAACCACUACAGCUUCCCCUGUGAUUGCCACAACGAAUUCUCCAGCAGUGACCACCACAGCAGCUCCACGUACAGUUGUGGGUCCAGUGUUUAUCUUUGUCCGACUUGUGUUCCACACCAACAACACCGUCCCCAGUGAGAGUGACGUUCUAGCAAAGGGCAGUCCUUUCUUGAAUGGUGAUGAAAUCCGGCUGAAUGAUACCGUGAGGGUGCAGAAUCUCACAUAUGAGCGAUUAACAGAUCAUUCCUUCGCUUUGAGCCUGGCCUACAAGAUCAAUGACGUGAGCUUUCCAGAGAAUGUGGAACUCAGGACGAAGACGCAAGGGCGCAUUCAGGACGCGGUCAACAAGCUGAUGAAUGGAUUGCUGAUUCAACCUGAUGCAAGUCCCUUCACGUUCCCACAAGCCAAAUUUACCCACCUGCCCAAUGAGAUUCAUGCCAAUGUAGAGUACCUCUAUCAGAAAGGUGACAUCAACCAACCAAGCAACUUCCUGGCUGCGAUACUGGCAGUUAGUGGUCCUACAACCACUACAGCUUCCCCUGUGAUUGCCACAACGAAUUCUCCAGCAGUGACCACCACAGCAGCUCCACGUACAGUUGUGGGUCCAGUGUUUAUCUUUGUCCGACUUGUGUUCCACACCAACAACACCGUCCCCAGUGAGAGUGACGUUCUAGCAAAGGGCAGUCCUUUCUUGAAUGGUGAUGAAAUCCGGCUGAAUGAUACCGUGAGGGUGCAGAAUCUCACAUAUGAGCGAUUAACAGAUCAUUCCUUCGCUUUGAGCCUGGCCUACAAGAUCAAUGACGUGAGCUUUCCAGAGAAUGUGGAACUCAGGACGAAGACGCAAGGGCGCAUUCAGGACGCGGUCAACAAGCUGAUGAAUGGAUUGCUGAUUCAACCUGAUGCAAGUCCCUUCACGUUCCCACAAGCCAAAUUUACCCACCUGCCCAAUGAGAUUCAUGCCAAUGUAGAGUACCUCUAUCAGAAAGGUGACAUCAACCAACCAAGCAACUUCCUGGCUGCGAUACUGGCAGUUAGUGGUCCUACAACCACUACAGCUUCCCCUGUGAUUGCCACAACGAAUUCUCCAGCAGUGACCACCACAGCAGCUCCACGUACAGUUGUGGGUCCAGUGUUUAUCUUUGUCCGACUUGUGUUCCACACCAACAACACCGUCCCCAGUGAGAGUGACGUUCUAGCAAAUGGCAGUCCUUUCUUGAAUGGUGAUGAAAUCCGGCUGAAUGAUACCGUGAGGGUGCAGAAUCUCACAUAUGAGCGAUUAACAGAUCAUUCCUUCGCUUUGAGCCUGGCCUACAAGAUCAAUGACGUGAGCUUUCCAGAGAAUGUGGAACUCAGGACGAAGACGCAAGGGCGCAUUCAGGACGCGGUCAACAAGCUGAUGAAUGGAUUGCUGAUUCAACCUGAUGCAAGUCCCUUCACGUUCCCACAAGCCAAAUUUACGUAA